AAGAACGAAUCUUCCAUUUUGAUGAAAUUAACUUGGGAAAAAUAUGCAUGGCAUUUUAAAAGAAUAUUAUAAAUACCCUUUAGCAGCAACUAAUAAUCAUACAAAUCAGUAACAAAAAGAAAGAACAAGUAUGGGGUCGGCUUGUGAAAACCAGAUUCCGACCAUUGAUCUUUCCCAGAGUUCAGGAGGCGAUCGUGACAAGGUCCGAGGAAGCCCGGAAUGGGAGAAGUUAUGCAAGAAGGUUAAAGAGGCAUGUGAAAAUUAUGGGUGUUUUGAGGUGGUGUAUCAUAAUAUAUCCAUGCAAGUCAGAGAUGAAUUUUUCUCAUUGAUGAAGCAGUUUUUUAUGCUUCCAUUAGAGACCAAAAGGAAGAACUGUAAUCCAAAGCCUUACCAUAGCUAUGCAGGACUGAGUCCUUUAGCUCCAAUUUAUGAAGGAUUUGGUAUUGAAGAUGUUUCUAAUUUUGACUCUCUCAAAGGGUUUGCAGAGCAGUUGAGCUGGCCACUUGAUGAUCUUGAUAACUUAUGCAAAAUCUUGAGCUCCAUGGUGAAACCAUUAGACGAGCUACACCGUAUGAUUAUGAUGCUAAUCGUGGAUAGUUACGGUCUGGGCGAGAAAAUGGAUUCAGACUCAGCAAUACCAAGUAAGACACUUUUACGUAUGAUGAAAUACAGAGCUCCAUUACCUGACGAAAAUGCCACUGGACUCUUUGCUCACACUGAUAAACCACUCUGUACACUUCUCUAUGAGGAUCAUGUUUCAGCCCUUCAACUCGAAACUAAGCGUGGCCGAUGGAUUACAUUCUCUCCAUCGUCGCCUUCUUCCUAUUUCUUCAUCGUCGGAGAUCCUCUCAUGGCAUGGAGCAACGGGAGAUUGCAUGCAGUGAAGCAUAGAGUGAUAAUGAAAGGAGACAAAGAUAGAUAUUCCAUUGGAGCAUUUCGAGUUCCAAUUGAGGGUUCAACUAUCAAACCGCAACAAUCACUAAUCGAUGAAUCUCAUCCCCAAAUUCUCAAAGAGUUUAAUUAUAUGGACUUCUUCAACUUCUCUGCUACUCCUGAGGCGAUGGCCAUGGAUUCAGCCAAGCAAGUGUUUGCAUUUGCUGGGAUUAAUUAAGCAAUCAUGUUAUAGUCAUAUCACAUUUGAAAAACUUAGUUCACAACUUGAAUUAGUCUUCUCAGUUUGUAUUAGAACCCGCUUUAUGCCAGUUUAUAUUAAAUACAUGUAUACUUGAUCAAAAUUAACAAAUGGGACAUGUC